AUGUACAAUGACAAGUAUGAGAAGGAGAAUCGAUACUACCAGAAUGCCAAGCAGCGCCGGGACCGGAAAAAGAAGCCAUCCAGGAGGCCCUCUCGUUCGCGAUCGCGAGGCAAGGUUUACCCGUCAAAGAAGUCAAUGGAGACCAUUCAGAGGCUCUCGCCUCCUGAGGAUGUCAAUGGAGUUCGUAGGUUCCUAGGACUGGUUGGUUACUUGAGCAAGUUCAUCAGAGAUUAUGCUUCGUUGGUGAGACCCUUGCAGGGACUCAUCACAGCGGAAGAUUUCGUUUGGUCUGAGUCUUGUCAAAACAGUUUCGACUCUGUGAAAAAGGUGUUGUCAGAAGCGCAGCUUUCAUUGUACCUGCCGCAACCUCACCUUCCUUUCUGCUUGGACACUGAUGCUUCAACAUACGCGAUUGCAGGCGUACUUCAGCAGACUGAAGGCGACAAGGUACAUGUAUUGCAGUUCGCGUCAAAGAAGUUGACCACAGCGGAGUCAAAGUGGCCUAUCUAUGAGCUGGAAGCGUACGCUGUCGUCCGGUCUAUAUUUCAUUUCGCUCAUUAUCUACGCGGCAAGGAGUUUGUCUACAGAGAAGUCACGGGUUGCCAGGUGGGCUAUGUUUCUUCAGGAAUUUCAGUUUAA